AUGUGCGGUUUUUCUGGAUGUUUAAUCAAAGCAUUCGAGUUCGCCUCGUUCGUCGGAUUUUCUACACCCAAAGGACCUUUUCUGACCAAUGAUGUAUACAGUAAAAGAAACGUCUCAAAAAAGAAAACACUUCAAAUAAAUCUUCGAAAAAGAUCGAAGAUGGGCUUCGAAAUGGAAUGUUGGUAUAUCAUUAUGUAG